ACUCCAGAAAGGCCACCCUGACCCUGUGGCUCAAACAGAGCUCAACGAGGGCCUGCUUCUGUGGGCUUUGAUGGGCGUGCACGCGCUCCUCGUCCCUGUACAUGAGUCAGUUCAGCUCACUAGUGCGACACGCUCACUGAUGAAAGGGGAAGACGUAGAAACAAAUACCCAAGCAACAAAAGCAGAAAAUACACUAGAAAGCUUGGAUCGAUUUCCCUUUCUCUAUAACAAAUUCUACUAAUCCAAUCCUUUUUAUCUCGAAUUAAUACUGCAGAGGUUCUGCUAAAAGCAAGCUCAACGUAUAAACCCUAAACCCUUAAAAAGCUUCACUUCAUCGGCUCCACACCCAACCCUGAAGAAGGCAAUGGCGUUUUCUGCAAUUAUCCGCAAAUCGGCGUCCAAUUUGGCUCCGGUAGUGAGUCGAAUCAUUCGGAGAGGUCACGGAAAUAACCUAUCUGCCUUCUUCCCCCCAGUCAGCAACCAUACCGGUUAUUCUCACAGAGUACCGUCUGUUGUUCUACAAUACUAUUCUACGGCAAGUGAUGCUAAGAAGCAGAGUUCGACUGAGUUACUUCUCCGAGUCAUUGACUCCGAGAUCAAGGUGGCUCAGGAAACUGAUGAUCACGACCGAGCUGAAGAGCUUCCAAAAGAGUUCCCUUUCAAGAUUGAUGAUAAUGCAGGGCAACAAACUGUAAUUCUGACAAGAGAAUAUGAAGGUGAACUUGUAAAGGUGGAUGUUUUAAUGCCUGAUCUUGUUACAGGGGAAGAAAAUGAAAUUGAUGAUGAAAUUGAUGAUAUUCAGAAACCAGCCCGAUCUAGCAUCCCAUUGGUUGUUACUGUCUCUAAAAGGAGUGGAAUUUCUCUAGAGUUCCAUUGCGUUGCUUAUCCCGACGAGAUUGCAAUUGACAGCUUAUCAGUUAACAAUCUAGAAAGUCAAGAAGAUCAAACUGCAUAUGCAGGGCCUAACUUCCAUGACUUGGAUGAAAAAUUGAGGAAGGCUUUUCACAAGUACCUGGAGAUUAGAGGAAUAAAGCCUAGCACAACCAACUUCCUGCACGAAUACAUGAUCAACAAAGACAGUCGAGAAUUCUUGGGGUGGUUGAAGAAUCUUAAGAAGUUUAUUGAAGCAUAAAUCUUCUGGGACCAAUUUUCACAUGAUUGAAAAGUCUAAAUUUGUAUGAGCAGCUGAAGAAGCUCAGGAAAUUCACAGAAGCAUAAGUCUUUUUGCCCUGCAAACACUGUCAUGGUAACCAGCUUUUAUACCCUUCACCCAUAGCCACCUUGUAGAGUAGCAUCCCAUCGUAAGUUCAUUGAAUUCCAAGAACCAAUGUUGAAAUGACGUCAGUACUGGGAAGUAUAUUUACGUUGUUCUGGCAUAAAUAUUCUUCUAUAGAUUAAUUUGUGUCUUUUAA